GCUAAGGAAUGGUGCUUCAGCAGCAUUUUUUUCCCGUAAGUAUCCCGAGCACUCCCGCCUUUAAACUUUAUUCCCAUUUGUGUCCCGGAACGGUGCGGUUGUGUUCUUAACCCUUUAAUAACGUCAAGUGUCACUUUGACAGUUCGCACCAGAACAGUGACGUUUAAGUGUCAUGAAAUAUUUGUUUUCGGAAACUGAUUUUAUGUGAUGCCGACUCGACGCGUGACGAGCAGUGAAAGUUUAUUUUUAUAAUAAUAGCGAAACAUAUGCGUGAAACAACGCCACAUGGAAUAGAGCACCUAAAGACUACUGAACCUUACUAGGUAAAUGAACUUAGAAUGAUGGCAAAUUAUGAUAUCAUUUCCUGCUAUGAGGGCGAAAUGUUCGAGGACAAAAACGAUAGUGUUACAGACUUACAAGCUUAUUACAUGACUCAAUUCAAUUUAGAGCUUGAACACGGCAACAAGAAGAGUAAAGACGCGUUUAAAUUUGGAGUAGAGGAAAGUUUCGACUUUGAAGUUCUGAAUGAUUGGACUAAAACUAGUAACAAUACUGAUAACAAUUUCGAAGCGAUAGAUAAAGUCAUUGAAAGUAAUAUGGAUGAGGAAAAUAUUAAAGAAGUGUUGUUAGAUUUAGAUAGUAUAGAAUUCGAAGAACAAGAUUUAAAAUCUUGUUCAUACAAUAAUGAUAAAGAGAAAAAAACUUAUCAAGGCAAUGAUUAUAUUGAUGAUGAGUCCUUGAUAGAUGAACUUUGUAGGGAAGAUGGGGAAACGUGUAGACUUACUCCAGAAAAUUACAAUGAUGAAUUUUUUUCAACAUCAACAAAUGAGAAAAAUGUUUUACCGUCAAUUGAAACGGUGUUUUCAAUACGCCAUUGCAAUUAUAACAGUAUAGACGAAACUACGCAAAAUGUUAUUGAAGAAAAUGAAACGAUCAUUCCAAAUAACAACAAUUUAGUUAUUGAAAAUUUAGAUCAUUAUAGCUAUCCUAAUAACAUACUUUAUAACCUGGACAGUGAUAAAAAGUAUAUAUUACCUGACACUCCAACAAGUUGUACUGAGUUUAAUUUCGGUAACGGAGAACGGAAAGUUUCCGUGUCGGAAUCCAUAGAAAGUGAUGUACAAAACUCACAUUAUUAUGACGAAAACUCUGAGCCAUUCGACGAAGAUGACUUUUUGGUAAAUUUGGAUGAUUUUGGUUUAAAUUUCGAGAAUGAAGACGGAGAGUAUACAACCACCAAAAAGAGCGAAAGAAGGAGUGAUAAGGAAAAAUCUCAAGGUGAAAGAGUUUGUUUAUGGGAGCAAUGCUUCGAAAGACAUCAAAAUCAAAACUCUUUGGUUGAGCACAUCGAAAGAGCCCAUGUGAAUAGUUAUAAAGGCGAUGAAUUCAGCUGCCUCUGGCGGGACUGCGCCCGCGCACGUCGUCCCUUCAACGCGAGAUACAAGCUCCUCAUCCACAUGCGGGUCCAUUCGGGGCACAAGCCUAAUAGAUGCAAUCAUCCCGGUUGCGGCAAGGCGUUCUCCCGUCUGGAAAACUUGAAGAUCCACAUCAGAUCUCACACGGGCGAGAGGCCCUACACCUGUCCCGCUCCACACUGCAGGAAGGCCUUCUCUAACUCUUCAGAUAGAGCUAAGCAUCAGAGGACACAUUUUAACGCAAGACCAUAUGCCUGCGGUGCUAUCGGAUGCGGCAAGAGAUAUACAGAUCCUUCAUCUUUGAGGAAGCACGUGAAGUCACAUCCUCAUAUAGCGAACACACCCAGGACCUGCAUAGCACCGACUAGACCCAUGAGGAGACCGGAACAAGAACAGCUGGUGCCAAGCUCUCCGGCUAAACUGGCCACGUUGAGGUGUAUCAGGGAUAAGCUGACAGUUCCUAGAUUGCAAAGGUUGUAAUGAAGAUCAAACAAAUGAUAUUUUCGAAGAUUCUAAGAUUUAAAAAAAUAUUAAAAAAACAACUUUGUUCUACCUGAAGUUAUGAAGAAAGAGAAGAGGAAGCGACAAUUAGUUAUGUGCCUAUUUCUUGUUGUGGAGAAGAUCAUAACAUCUGAGUUAGAAGUAAAUGCUGAAUAAAGAACUUUAUUUUACCAAAUGAAUAAACAAAGAAUAUAAGUGGUCAAAUGAUUUAAGUGACACCUUGUUUAAGCAAUUAAUAGUCAAGACACUGUAAUGAACUAACUAAUUUGCCGAUUGUCAGGUUGCAAAUACCCUGAAUUUUUGAAGUAUUUUUCAGAAUGUGAUAGUGCAGUAAGUUGAUUUUAAAAGUGGACAUAAAUAUAUCUUAGCUUCGCAUUUAGCAACAGUAACUGAAGUGCAUUUGUGUAAAAACAUACUCACUUUACACAACGGAAUUUGCCCGUAUGAUUUGGAAUUUUGAAGUUUGUCCUUACAGAAUUGCACUGCUGGAGGCAUUAUUUGAAUUAGGUAACGCUUGAAUUUAGAAAAUUCCAUAUUUUCAAAAUAAUGUUGAUUUAGAUUUAUUUAAUAUUAACUAAGUGAUUAAUAAGUACAAAAAUGUUACGUAAGUUGUAAUACAAGAUAUAAAAUUCGGCAAAAUUAAGACUGAAGUGAUGAAAAUAGCUCAAUUAGAUAAAGUUAUUGCUCAACUCAUAAGUUUUUGAUGUUUUAAACAAUGUAGAUAGAUAAUUAGUAAAAUAAUAAUAUGAUAUAUUGUGAUGGUACUACGAGAUGAAAAUAAACUUUCGUAGCAAAAAUCGGGCUGGAUAUAUAGCAACUGAAUACAAGCUAUUAUCAUUAUUAAAUUUAUAUUUUGCAGCAUUUAACUCCUACAUGUUUAUAUCUAAAGAGAAUAUUACUUACUAGGAAAAAUGUAUCAUAAAUUCUGACCAGAAGGUAAAUACUAGGAAAGUUUUUAUUUUAUUUAAACUGUUAUCAACAAUAUUUAAUAAUAGAAUUAUUUUAGAUAAUGAUUGAUUCAGAGAAAAACUAUUACAUUCGUAAUUUUAACAAAAGCUUGAACAAAAUUAGCUUAGUUUCUUAAAGAUUUCAAACCCACACAGCAGCCAUUGGUUUAUGCAUAAAUAUAAAUGGUAAUAAUGUUUAUUUCAGUAAAUAUAUUUUUUAAUAAGCAGUUCAUAUCAUAAGUGUUAGAAUAAGUUAGAAAAAGCAUUAUUGUGUCUGACACAGAUCUCUUUUAUAAAAGACCAAUUUUUUAAAUAAUUUUUAAUACAUAUUUUAUAUUUAGAUUUAAGAAUGCACUUCCAAAAAACACCUUUAUUUGCUCAAUGGCUAUUGUAUAUUUUAAAAGAUUUAUUUUUAAAUUAAUUAAUAGAGAAGUGUAUGCUGCAUACAUUUCGGUAAGUUAAGUAGCUCUUUUUAAGAGAAACAUAAUGUACAAAAUGGCUUGCUUUCCAAAGAAUCUCUUUAUUCGAUUAUGUUUAUAUUAAGUAAUUGUAGAUAAAUAGAUCUUUACCUUGAGAUAUUGCCGAUAUUUCGUACUGUUAAAGAAUUAUCUCUAUAAUUUUGCCACCGCUUAAUUUUUUUUAAAACACUAGCUUCUGAAAAAAUAUAGAAAAUUAUUAAAAUAAGAAGCUAAUUAUUAGAUUUAAUUACAUUGAGCUGCCACUUUUAUAUAUUCAAUAAUCAUAUUUGCCUACCUGGCUAUAUAUACAAAAAAAAUGAAACAUUUGGGGUGUAUUCCGAAAUAUACUCGUACAUCAGUAUACUGGCCAGUGGUAAUGACGUCACGAAUCCGACGACAUAUUGUACUGGUAUGCUACUAUAUUUUUACCGGGAAAACGAACAUAAAGAAUGACCGAGCGUGCGUGAGAUGCAUUCGAAUUUUAUUUCUUUUUUAUUUAAAGAACAAUAAUGGCAUCCGAACAAAAAUAAUUCCUUUUAAUUGAUGAGGUGAAUAAAAAAUCUUUUUUAUUCGCACUAUUUUAAAUAUUCGUCGAUUUAUGACGUCAGUAUACUGGUAUAUAUUACGGAAUACACCCUUGAAAUUGUGUACCCCUUAAUUCUUAAGUAAAAAAUGUUCCUGCAAUAAAUACGGCAAUUUCAAAAGGUGAAGAUUAAAAAUUUCCAUUUUAAGAUCUCUCUUGUUACUUGAUAAGAAAAUAUUAAGCAAGAUUUAUCUUAUUAAGUUUUUUAUUCAAAAGACAGUUACUGUCUGUAAAUUUUAAUGUUCGUUUAAUUGAGAAAAUGCUCAAUUUUUUACAUGAUAAAUUUUUAAGGCAUA